UAUUGAGUAUUUGGUUUCUACUAUUUACAAAAUACAAUAUACAAUACCACCUGCAUUAAAACUUAAAACAUUUUUGCUUUUUCGCUUGAAGAGUUAUUGCCAAUUGCCACAGUAUACUUAUUUAUAUACCAUGCUAAAAGGCAAAGGGCCGAGGACAUUUGAGGAUGUAUGGCCCCUUAUGCGAUGCACGGUACUUAAACUUUUAAAACAGGAAGCUGUUUCUCAAGUUGAAUGGCAGGAUUUAUUCUAUGGCGUUCAUUUGGUCUGCCUUUGGGAUGAUAGAGGAGCAAGUAAAAUAUACGAUAGUCUGAAAAAUGAUAUAGUGGAAUUUAUUGAGCAGGCUCAAAAAAAGGUGCAAAACCAGAGCGGCGAACAGGCCUUACUUAAAACUUACAUUGUUGAAUGGAGAAAAUUUUUUACCCAAAGUAGUUAUUUGCCCCUUCCUUUUCGACAGCUGGAAAUAACUCUCCAAGGACGAUCAUUAUCAUCAGCAAAUAAUGCAUCAAUCAAUCAAAAGAAAUUAAAUAACGAUGAGAGUAUUGUUCGAAAACUAAUGUUAGAUUCUUGGAAUAAAAAUAUAUUUAUUGAUAUCAAAGAUCAUCUCCAAGAAUCUGCAAUGAAAAUAGUUCAUUCUGAACGUAAUGGUGAGGCUUACGAUUGCCAGCUUGUGAUUGGAGUUCGAGAAAGCUAUGUUAACCUUUGUUCAAAUCCCGAGGAUAAACUAGAAAUAUAUAGAGAAUAUUUUGAAGCAGCUUACUUGAAAGCUACCAACAAUUUUUAUAAUAUAAAAGCAAGCGAUCAGCAACAGAGCAAUGGUGUCCAGGCAUUUAUGAAAUAUGCAGAUGCCAAGAUACGAGAAGAAGAAAUACGAGCAAAGCGAUACUUGGAGUCUAGCAGUUUUCACGCUCUGUCUCAAUGCUGUAUAAAAGUUCUUAUUGAAAAUCACUUGAAUACUAUUUUAGCAGAAUGUUCUACACUUAUCAAAAACUAUGAGGUAGAAAAGUUAAAUUUAAUGUUCAGACUACUUGACAGAGUACAAAAUGGAAUAGAACCGAUGCUGCGUGAUUUAGAAAAUCAUAUAGUUACUGCCGGCCUAGCAGAUAUGCUAUCAGUUUCUGAUAUAAUUGUUCAAGAUUCAGAAAAAUAUGUUGAACGUCUAUUAGAGCUUUUUAAAAAGUUUAGUGCCUUGGCUAAAAACGCAUUUAAUAACGAUCCUAGAUUUCUCACAUCACGCGAUAAAGCAUUUAAAACUGUUGUAAAUGAUAUAAGCGUAUUCAAACUCGAGUUGCCAACUAAUGUUAGUAAUAGGGGUAUUAAACAUACAUCUCCUGAGAGCAAGUGUCCAGAACUCCUAGCUAACUAUUGCGAUAUGCUUUUACGUCGAACACCGUUAAGUAAAAGACUAACAACGGAACAGAUUGAUAAGAGCUUAAGAGAUGUGUUACUGCUUCUUAAGUACGUCAAUAACAAAGAUGUAUUCAUGAGAUACCACAAAGUACAUUUGACUAGAAGGCUAAUACUGGGCACAAGUGCAGAUAGCGAAAAGGAAGAGGAUAUCGUAGAAUGGCUUCGUGAAGUCGGAAUGCCUGCAGAUUACGUUAAUAGAUUAGCAAGAAUGUUUCAAGAUAUAAAGGUAAGCGAAGACCUUAAUGCUCUUUUCCGAAUGUCGACAACACGACAUGAUGCGAUCAACAUAAAAAUUUUGAAUGCAGGAGCUUGGGCUAGAUGCUCUGAUCGAGUUUCUGUUAGUCUUCCUUUGGAACUCGAAGAUUAUAUACCUGACGUCGAGGAAUUUUAUAAAAAAAAACAUUCCGGACGAAAAUUACAAUGGUAUCAUCAUAUGAGUAAUGGAACUAUCACAUUUAUCAAUAAAGUCGGAAAAUAUGAUUUGGAAGUAACGACAUUUCAAAUGGCUGUGUUGUUUGCUUGGAAUCAAAGACCUGGUGAUAGAAUAACCUACGAAAAUUUAAGAUUGGCAACAGAAUUACCAGAUCCUGAAUUGAGAAGAACUUUGUGGUCCUUGGUUGCAUUCCCAAAGAUAAAGAAGCAAGUACUUUUCAUGGACCCUGUUACUGUUUCAUCUAAGGAGUACACAGAAAACACUUCGUUUUAUAUUAACCAGGAGUUUUCUGUUACAAAAAAUGGAAAAUUACAACGAAGGGGCAAAAUUAACCUUAUAGGACGUCUUCAACUCAGUACAGAACGCUCUCAACAAGAAGACAAUCAUUCAAUCGUACAACUUAGAAUAUUUCGAACUCAAGAAGCAAUUAUAAAAAUCAUGAAAAUGCGAAAGCGAACGAAGAAUGUUUCAUUACAAGCGGAACUAGUUGAUAUUCUAAAAAACAUGUUCUUACCAUCAAAAAAAAUGAUAAAAGAGCAAUUAGAAUGGUUAAUAGAACAUAAAUAUAUGCGUCGCGAUGAUGAAGACAUUAAUACCUUCCUUUACAUGGCUUGAAUAAAAAAAAUUUGUAAAAUGUUUUAACAUUACUUCCAAAUAAUUUUGUAAAAUAAACGUAUUUUCUGUGUCGAUUUA